AUGACGGUUACGUACGGUGUGGAAAAGUGUCCGGUCAAGUUCGAUGAGUACCGGUGCAGCCUGCCGGAGCAGUACCGGAAGCUGGCCAAGGAGCAGCUGCGCGAGGAUGAGCUGAUUCGGAAGCAAUCGAUCGAUCAGAUGCGUCAGUGGAUCGCGAAACAUCCGUACAUCAGACGGUGCCGUACGGAUGCGGUGUUCUUGCUGAAGUUCUUGCGUCAGCGCAAGUUCUCGAUUCCGAAGGCGUGCGAGAUGCUUGAGAGGUAUCUCGCGCUGAGGCAAUCUUUCCCGCACUGGUUCCAGGGAUUGGAUCCGUACGAGAAGAACAUGAUGGCGCUUGUGGAUGACGACGUGUUCCACGUGCUUGGGUUCGACGAAAAAGGCCAGAUUGUGAUCCUGAUCAAGUCGCGUAACUUCCGCGUGAACAAGUUCGACUUGGUGGAUCUGAUACGGUUUCUGCACAUGAACAUGGAGAUCCUGUCGUGUGAUGAGAUGGUGCAGGUCGCUGGAGUUGUGCUGAUCGUCGAUUGCUACGAGGCGUCUAUGGCCCACUUCACGCUGUUUCGGUUGAGCGAGAUGCGCAAUAUUGCACCGUACAUCAAUCAUCUGCUGCCGAUCCGGUGCAGGGAGAUUCACGUGAUCCGUCUGCCGAAGGUGGCCGCCUCCAUCGUUGACCUGCUGUUAACCUACGUCAGUCCGAAGCUGAAGCAUCGAUUCUUUUUCCACAAAACCAUCCAGGAAGCGGUCGGAUACCUGGGCAAGACGCUGCUUCCGGUCGAGUACACCGAAGAGGACGUGGAACCAAAAUCUCUGACGCACGUGUACGGGAAGCGACUGCUCGAAAGCCGCGACGAGCUGCAGAUGCUGGACCAGAUGGAGAUUGAUGUGGCCAAAUUUUCGUCCGUGUGGAGCAAGACGGGAUGUGCGCCGGGUGGCAUCGAUGCCGGCAUGGUUGGCAGCUUCCGGAAGCUGGACAUCGAUUGAAGCAGAAGUCACCUGAGACGAAUUAUGGUACUCUAUUCGUGUAGAAUU